UGUUUUUCCUUCCUUCCCAAUCCAGAUCCUGUUGUUACCUUGCCACAGAAGAUACAAUGAACAAGAUGAAAACUUUCAAGCGGCGUUUUUCCCUUUCGGUUCCCCGGACAGAAACGAUUGAGGAGUCGCUGGCAGAGUUCACCGAGCAGUUUAACCAGCUCAACAACAGAAAGAACGAAGAUAUGGCACAAGGGCGCCUGCAUCCGAGUCAUCUGAACAGGGACAUCCAGACGCAGCCCAGCUCCACUUCGCCUUUGGAAGGCCCAUCCCCAACCGCUGUGCGUUACCGAAAUGGCAACCAGCGUCGGUUUUCAAUGGAGGACGUCAGCAAGCGCCUCUCUCUGCCCAUGGAUAUUCGCCUUCCCCCAGAGUUCCUCCAGAAACUAGAGAUGGAAAGUCCAGAGAUUUCAAAGCCUCUUAGCAGGAUGUCUCGACGGGCUUCUCUGUCAGACAUUGGGUUUGGAAAGAUGGAAACAUAUGUUAAACUGGAGAAGCUAGGGGAGGGUACCUAUGCCACUGUCUUUAAAGGGCGCAGCAAGCUCACCAAGAACCUGGUUGCCCUGAAGGAGAUCCGAUUAGAGCACGAGGAAGGGGCCCCCUGCACAGCUAUACGGGAAGUUUCCUUGCUGAAGAACCUCAAGCAUGCGAACAUUGUGACCCUCCAUGAUAUCAUUCACACGAAAUGCUCCCUAACUCUUGUCUUUGAGUUUCUGGACAGUGACCUGAAGCAGUACCUGGAUAACUGUGGGAAUCUGAUGAGCAUGCACAAUGUGAAGAUCUUCAUGUUCCAGCUGCUGCGUGGUUUGUCCUACUGCCACCAGCUUAAGAUCCUACACAGAGAUCUCAAACCACAGAAUCUGCUCAUUAAUGGGAAAGGGGAACUGAAACUCGCAGAUUUUGGUCUAGCCAGAGCUAAAUCUGUCCCAACAAAAACAUAUUCCAAUGAAGUGGUCACGUUGUGGUAUCGGCCUCCUGAUGUUCUACUAGGAUCCACAGAAUACUCCACUCCCAUUGACAUGUGGGGUGUGGGUUGCAUACACUAUGAAAUGGUCACAGGACGCCCCAUGUUCCCAGGAUCAACCGUGAAAGAAGAGCUGCAUUUAAUAUUCAGGACAUUGGGAACCCCUACAGAAGAAUCUUGGCCGGGCAUCACAUCCAAUGAAGAAUUCAAGGCAUAUAAUUUCACACAGUAUCGAGCCCAGCCAUUGAUAAACCAUGCACCAAGACUGGACACAGAAGGAAUCGACCUUUUGAUGAGUCUCCUCCUGUAUGAAGCCAAAAGACGCAUUUCUGCAGAAUCUGCCCUGCGGCACCCUUACUUUACGGCACUCGGUGAACAAGUGCACCUCCUUCCUGAGACUGCCUCCAUCUUUUCUCUGAAAGAAAUACAACUUCAAAAGGACCCUGGCUAUCGAGGCUCAAGCUUCCAGCAUUCUGCUCGAGGAAAGAACAGGAGGCAGAGCAUAUUUUAAACCUGGUUUAACUCAUUCAUUGCAUCACUGGGGAGAUCAAAGCACUGAGAGGGGAGAGGACCACACAGAUCCCAUGGAGGCCACGCUCAGAAUGAUGAAGGCCGGUAUCAACACAACCAAAGCUGCCCUGCAUUACAAAGCUGCUGCAUGACUGCUUUCCAGGAUUCCACAACUUUCAGCAGUCCCCCACCCACAACACCCCAAAAAGACCUGGUGCCUGGCCCAGCCCCCAUCCAUCACACAGCAAUUGGCAUAAUCCUACUCUCUGGAUGAGGAUCAAGCAAUUAACUGCCCCAAGCGCGCUUGCUGCUGCUUUAGAGGGAAGCAAACAUGGAGGCAGCAAGCCAGGGCCAAGAUCUCGCAGCAGAAUCAACACCUGCUUUGCUUCUUAGAUGACGUGUCAUGAUGAAUGUGCAGAAUUCCAUUCUUUGUUUCUCUCUCCCCCCCCCCCCAUCACCAGGCGACUCCUAGGACAACAUGAUGAGUAUGAUGUUAACAGCAGGAAAGCCCUUUGAUCCACUUUUAUGCAGAGUUCUCUGGCUUUGAACUGAAAAGGAAACCUGUUUUCUUUUGAGUUGCCUCUGCUCUCUUUAUCGGGGAAUGAAUCUCAAUUCCAAAUGGUACAAACAUUUAAGAGAGAGGAUGGGAGUGGGGAGGCCUUUUGCUGGAUUUUCUUUGCCCUCUCGCUCCCUGCCCCAUUCUGUUUCCUAGUGUUUGUUUUCUGAACUGAAGCUGCUAUACAAGGAAAUCAUGAUUUCUUAGAUUUCUACCCAGUGUUUCUGAGAAUCUCUCUGUAGCUCGUCCUGAGAAUCAUUCAUCAGAAACCUAAAUAAAUAGGUGCACUUUCACUACAAA